UUGGGCUGCGUGCUGAAGUUUCGGGGCCGCAACAGCGCUCUGGCAAGCGGGGGACACCCGUGCCCCCCGGGGCCUUUGGCAGGGAAAGUUUCUCUAAGAGCGCGCGCACCCGCUGGUUGUCGUCCCCGCUGCGCCCUCCUCACCAGCUCGCUCCAGGGAGCGCAGGGUUAAUUAAGAUGCCUCCCGCACUCUUACUUGUCGACUCGCGCGCGCGCUACCCGGCUUUGAAAAGUCGCGGUCACUCACUGAGCGCUCUUCGGGCGCCGCCGUUCCUUGGAGUCCGCGGGCGAACUCGCUUCCCAGAGCAGCGGCUCUCCCGGCGGCGCGGAUCAGUGCCGACCCGCAGAGGCCGACCAGCGGCGGGUCUCGGCCGCCCAGACUCCGACGACUUGUCCCCUCCUCCGCUGCGAGGGGGAGGGGGCGCCCGGCAGCCGCGGCUCGCGCUCGCCCAAGUUCAGCAACCGGUGCGAGAGAAGCUGAGCGCACGUCCUUCUUCUUUUGCGUGGCUGUCCGCCGCCUCCUGGUCUUUACCGCCGCCGAAUAGCCUAAGACGCAGGAAAGGCUUGCAAAAGUUCGCUCCGGGACUCUGGGCCAGUUGUCUCCGGUCCUCCGGGCCGAGAAAGUUCUUUGCUGCUGCAGUCGCUCGCCGACUUCCCCCGGCGGGCGCGUGGGUACCGCUGCUCGCCACCGCUGUCAACAGCGCCUGGGCAGCAGGGCUCUCCUCCUGGGGGCGGCUGGAGACCAGGCUCUCUGGGCACUCCUCGUAACACCAGCCCGGGAGCCACAGGCGCUAGCUCUGGGCAGUUGGAGAGAAGGUGGAAAAGAAAAUAAGAUUUGCAGUUCGGACUAUAUUGCCGUCCUGGCUGGCUGGCUGUGUCUGUCUGCCUGCCUGAGUCCGCGCACCUCCACUCCCGCCUCGCUGCUUCAGCCACACUCAGUGCAACUCUGAGCCCUUAUCCAGCUCGAGCUCAACACUUAUCUGCUACCAGUCAACCCCUAAAAAUAGCCCAUGAUGUCACCCCAAGGCCUUCCCAUUGGCUCGCGUCGCUCUCAGGGGGGCGGGCCCGCCCGUCACCAUGGAGACUCCACCCUAGAAGAUUCUUCUCUGGGCCCGCGGAGGCUCACGGGAUGAGGUAAUGCUCCGCUGCCCUCCUACAGUCGGGCCCUUCUUUCUCCUACCCUCCCCCCUGCCGCACGCCUCUCGGCCCUCUCUUCCCCGGUCCCCUCCCCGGGCCGUUUUUCCCGGCCCGCCCGGUGCAUUGUGGGCUGACGUCUUGGGGUUUGACUGUCUAGUGACGGUGGCUGCCGCGAGCGGGCGGACGCUCGCAACAUCUGACGGAGGGGGCUCAAGUUCACGGCUGCGGACUGGGAUGCAGGGGAUGCGGGGACCCGGGAGGCCAGGGAACCCGGCCAGUUGUUUUGGGUCAAGGGUGCGGGCGAGGGGUGGUUGUGUUUCCCCACUUGUGGGGCUCGAAGUCAUCCACCGGCGUCCGCCACCGCGCGGGGCGGGAGGCUGAGAGUCCAGGUCCGCCGCCCCCCCGCACUUCCGGGGGGCGGGAGCACCGCCCUUAAGGUGGCUCUGUGAAGUCCCAGUUGGGGGCGAGCCUAAGGGGGCUUAAGUUUGGGGGCGGUCUCCCGAGAGUCGGCCCCCCACGUUGAGAAACGCUCCGAAGUUUGCAUCUCGGUCAAGUUCAGGAGCGAUGGUCCGCGGGGUUGUCUGGCUGCUCUUAGAAGCUGAGAGAUUUGUAUUGCCCAAAACUGGACGCUCAGCUGAGUCUCCGUUGCACCCCACUUCAUCCUCCGGGACCGUGGGGGAAAGGGCGCGGGGAUCACAGCUUUGCCUCCGAGGGGCAGUUUUUAUAGUGGGCGCAAUUAGUGGCUAACAGGGUCCAGAUGGGAACAAGCGUGUAGGCGAUCCGAAACUCGGGGAACCCCGGUGUUAGUCUACUCCCCUUCCCGCCCCCGGACAACACACACACGCUUAACACAACACGCACAACAUGCGCGCGCGCGCACACACACACACACACGCACACACUCUCCACCCGCGCCGAGUUGCUUCCGGGAAAACAAGCUCAGAAGGCGGGGGACACUCGCAUAAAGUAACGCAGUAGAACUCAGGAGCCCGGGGUAGAACCUGGACUUCAAAUCUCCGCCUUCCCGGCCGGGUGGUGGGCCCAUAUCCUGAGUAGCCUCUAGGAAGCGCUAGACACAUGUUCUGAAGAAGAUUCCAGCCUGCCACACUGUUGUGCUGUGAGUCCAGUGCUUAGUGGAACCCUGUCGUGGCCCACAGCCAUCAGGAUAUUUCUCCGGGAAAGCCCUUGGACCAAGAAGUCUAGAAUUGUCUGUGAAAACAAAAGCAUUUGGAUUCUUUUCAGGAAAAAUGUAACCUGCAAACAAAUAGCCUUGGAAAAUCAGUGCCUCACCCUCGGUGCCUGGGUCAGGCACAGGGAGUGCCCCCAGCCCGCCCCACCCGCUGCUUUCUAGCUGGAGUCCACCUCCUUUUCCUCUUCUGUAUGUUGUCCUGGCUGCCCAAAAGGCAAUGCCUCCCCUCCCUGCCUCACCCUUCCCUAGACUUGUUCAGGCCCUAAGUCUUUGCAAGUGUGCUUGCUCUACCUGGACUGUUCUUCCCUCCUUGUCUGUGAGCCCUUUAUUAUAAUUUAGGACCCAGCUCCAA